AUGCAGUCACCACACGUACAGAUCGAUGCCGCCAUCGGUGGAAACGUGAAAGUACCGAGCAUUCUCGACCCGGUAAGCUAUACCGAAAGCCGCAAGGAUGAGGUGUGCCAGAUGCUUCGCAACAUGACCAACACAACGCACCAGCGCAAGCUGAUGCACCAAUCGCUACCUACCCACAUGCGACGCCGUGCCAUGUCGUACGAGGUGCGCCGUUUGCCCCGACGCUUCCGCACAGUGCACGCGGCACAGUUCAGCAAGAGCGGUGUAUCGGAGAAGAAAAAACGUCCAUCACGAAAGUAUCGCCGCAAGCCGAACAAUCUGCUGAAGGAGUACGAACGACGGAAACGAGCGUUUGUGUGGCUAGAAACACACGUAUGGCAUGCCAAGCGGUUCCACAUGACGUCACGAUGGGGGUACAAGAUUCCACUUACACCGUGCAACAAGAGCUACCGUUCGAGCUAUCGUGCCACCUCGAAACACUGUCUUCUGUACGAUUUGUCGUACGAAGGAUGUGUGGAAGUGUGUGGUGAGGAAGGCUUGCUGAAGGAAGGUUUCCGGAGGUUGUGUAGUGAGCGGGUGGGACUCACCAUGGCGGCCAAAGCUUACACGGGUGGACAACGGGCGGGUUACGCUUGGCUGUACGAAGAUGGUGCCUAUCCGUACAAUUGUCUCGGUAAGGUACGGUUCGUAUGGCGGCCAAGUGUUCAAGAAGACGGUGAAGAACGUCGCACAGUGUGGAUGUUUGCUCAUCCAACGUUUUACCGACAGCUGGUGGAACAGUUGGUAAAGGUGUUCGAGUUGAAAAAUGCACUCCGCAAGACAAACGACACGAUUGAAGACAUUACCAGAAAUCCAGCCGAUAUUCGAUGUCCACGCUACAGAUCCAAAUCGUCCGGUGUUGAGCUGGUGGAGCUAAAGGACACUCUCAAUCGCUUCCAUCUUACGGGACCACUUUCACAUGCAACCAUCGUUAACACGUUUCGUCUAUUUAAUCCACCAACACACGUGACCCAACCAUCCAAUCGGACGUGGUUUAACGAUUUUAUGGAAAACACUCCAAAGUACAAAAAAAUCCUCACACAACAAUCGACCUACUGGACGGAUGUUAAGGACCUAACCUCACCUGGUGAACUAAGUCCCGGUGAAGUGAUUGCACUCCUCGUUCAGGAUCCAAGGUUAAAUCGCCCAAACAGACGCACCAAAGCACUUCCCGAUGCUCCGGCCCCCCGUUACAACUUCACCCACGGCAUUCCGCCGGAAGUGGUGCAACAACCCCGUGCAAUCCGGAACUUCUCCCCGGUGUGGGACGAAACGAUCCGGAAGCGUAUAAGCGAGCAGAUGAAAACGACCCACGAACUAAACCAACUUCGUAGCAGCGAAACGCUCGUUCCGGGUGAGCUUUGCGUAGCGGAAACACACCUUCAACCACUGCCGAUCCUUUUACUUCAAACACCCGGCUCACAGGAUGCCGACUAUAAGCGACUCGGGUACGGAUCGGGGUGGGAUAUAAUUUUACCCGCUGGGUACGGACUAGCCGUUUGGCAUUCGUUUGUAAUGUGGGGUGCCAAGGCGGUUGGCCAGCAGGAGCAGGACAUGAUCGCACUUGAGUCCGGCUGCGAUCGUUCCGGUGUGCCGGAUUCGCAGCUCGGCCGUUAUGAAGCGGUACGCAAACAUAAGGACGCUUGGAGCCGAUAUUUUAAAAAGCCAAAUAACAAACGGGUCAACUAUACGAAACUUGCUAUCGCAUCACCAUUCCGCUGCCCUUGGACACAGCUUGUCCGGGAGUGGACACCGGAAGGCACCGAACGGCCUUAUUUCGUGCUGCGCGAUCAGGAAGCGCUAGCAAAGUUAAAGCUCGCUUUGGAUCGUAAAUUUAAUAUCCACUCGAUCGGUCUUCCACCGGAUGCGCUCGUUCCGGUGCUGCUGACACUGAAAACGCGCGGAAAUCCGGGUGAUAAUGCAAUCAUCUGUUUGCCGAAUCGUACCGAUUUUCGGACGAACAAACAAAACCGUCUCGCAUCCAUCUACAGUCCAGUGUACGUGGAACCACUUCGGAAAGAUCCGCACGGCACCGAACGGCACGUCUUACGUGCGCAACAUCUCCGAACGCUGAAACGUUUGCGAAACCGCCGAAUAAGGGAAAAGAAACGUUUGCAGCGGGCUAAUCCUGGCACGCUGGUACGCAUCCCGAAGGCAAACAAUCGAGCGUUGGUCGAGGAACAGUUGAAACGUAUGGCGGAAUUAUGGCUGCCAGCAACACCGGCCACCGUACGCAACCAGUGCAGCCGGGAAUGUUUCGGGUAUGUGACACAGGGUGGAUUUAGUUUGUCCGAAGGGACCGUUAACGGAAUCGGAUAUGUAACGGCGAAGGGUUUGGUGAAGUUGUUUAAAAUCUGCACCAAGGGUACGGUCAAGGUGUUGGUACGGGGAACGCGCACAAGGGGUUAUCGGUUUGCCACGAUUCGUGUCGCAUGUUGA